CUAAUAUGGCCAUGGAGAAAUGUCUCUCCCUUGCUUUGCUGCUUGUAUUGUUACUGUCCCUUUCUCCUAACGAUGCUGCUGCUUCCUUGGAUUCCCAAGCUGAAGCAGAAGCUCUACUCAGGUGGAAAGCCAGUCUAUUGCAAAGACAGGCACUCAGUUCAUGGUCGUUGCUCCCCAUCGCCAAUGCUUCUACCACCCAAGAUAGCUCUCCAUGCAACUGGACCGGAAUCUCAUGCAACAGUGCUGGAAGAGUAACAGAAAUAAGUCUACAAGAUGCAGGUUUGCAAGGUAAGCUUGAUAACUUGAGCUUUUCCUCCUUCCCGAACCUGGCUCUGAUCCUUCUCGACAACAAUUCACUCUUUGGAACCAUCCCAACUCAAAUUGGCAAUCUUUCUCAACUCGUCGCACUUGGGCUUUCUUGGAAUCAGCUUUCUGGCUCAAUUCCUCAAGAGAUAGGGAAGUUGAAGAAGCUGACGAUGAUAAGCUUGCCACAUAACAAUAUAACAGGUUCUAUCCCAUCCUCUUUAGGAAAUCUCAAAAUUCUGGAACAGCUAGAUGUGGCCUCUAACCAGCUAAAUGGUUCCCUUCCUGCCAGUCUGGGAAACAUGACCAACCUUCGGUCGGUAUUCCUCUGCGACAAUAAAAUUCCUGGCCCCAUCCCAAGUGAAAUAACCAACCUUAAAAAACUGAUGCAGUUUCAAGUGUGUCGUAACCUUCUAUCGGGUUCCAUUCCUUCUAAUCUAGGAAAUAUGACCACACUCGAUAGCUUGCUGCUCGAUGAAAAUCACUUGCAUGGCUCAAUUCCUCCACAGAUAGGAAAUCUCUACCAAUUGGCCAAUCUAAGAUUGUCCUUAAACGACCUUACUGGUCCAAUCCCUUCAUCUCUUGGACAUUUGAGAAGCCUAACUGAGCUCUUCCUACAUGAAAAUCAGCUCACUGGUCCAAUACCUCCAUCUAUUGGAAAUCUGAGUAGCCUAUCUAAACUCACUCUAUCUGAAAAUCAGCUCACUGGUCCAAUCCCUCUCUCUUGGAAACUUGAGAAGCCUAUCUGAACUCUACCUAUAUAAAAUUCAGCUAACUGGUCCAAUCCCCCCAUUUCUUGGAAAUUUGAGAAGCCUAACUCGAAUCUUCCUAGGUAUGAAUCAGCUCACUGGUCCAAUCCCUCCCUCUUGGGAAUUUAAGCAGCCUAACUCACCUCUUUCUAUUUUAUAAUCAGUUAUCUGGUUCAAUACCUCCAGAGAUCUCAAAUCUAACACAAUUGACGACUCUUGGUUUGAAACGCAACAACUUCUCUGGCCACCUACGUCAAGUAUGCCAAGGCGGAUUACUUGCAGAGUUCACGGCGAAUAGCAACCAUUUCAAUGGUCCCAUCCCCGAAAGCCUGAGAAACUGCACCACCUUAAAAAAAGUUGAGCUCCAGCAUAAUCAGCUCACAGGAAAUAUAUCCCAAAUUUUCGGAGUACAUCCUGAUUUAGGGUACAUUGAUCUGAGUUUUAAUAGAUUGCAUGGUGAGCUGUCACCAAAUUGGGGAGGAAGUCGAAACCUGACAUUGCUAAACAUCUCUGAGAACAAUCUCACCGGUAGAAUUCCGCCGCAGAUUGGGCAGCUAAGUCAGCUACAGAAACUCGACCUGUCUUCAAACAACCUACAAGGAAAGAUUCCUAGUAGCCUGGGGAGUUUGUCCAUGCUUUACAGCUUGAGUUUACAAAAUAACCAACUAUCUGGUUGGGUACCGGGUGAAAUUGGAAAACUAUCCGAUUUGGAGAUUCUUGACCUAUCAAAGAACAAGCUGAGUGGGCCGAUGCCUCAACAAUUGGGGGACUGCUCCAAAUUGCAGUAUCUGAGCUUGAGUGAGAAUGCUUUGAAUGGAAGCAUUCCGUUUCAGAUUGGUAAUCUAAUAAGCCUACAGAUUACAUUGGAUCUCAGCUGUAACUUCCUUUUGGGAGUUAUAACCCAACAACUUGGGAAACUGCAUAUGUUGGAAAAGCUAAAUCUCUCCCACAACUUGCUCUCAGGUUCCAUCCCGUCGUCUUUCAAAGAGAUGAUCAGUCUAUCUUCCAUCGACUUUUCAUAUAAUGAUUUGGAGGGCCCUCUCCCAGACAGUAAAGCCUUCCGUCUCGCCCCGUCAAGUGCAUUCAUAAAAAACAAAGGUUUAUGCGGUGAAGCAGAAGGCAUUCAGCCUUGCAAUUCCUCUUUGAUAAACCCUCACGAUAGGAAGAAAGACCACAAGGUUGUCAUCAUUAUUCCUAUCAUGGCAGCCUUAUUUCUUCUACUUGUGUUUGCCACCAUUUUUUCCAUUUUCCUACAAAGAUCCCGGAAAACAAGAAAUGCAAAGAAAGGGGACGUAGAAAUGAAAAAUGGAAAUCUAUUUGCAGUAUGUAAUUUCGACGGAAAGAUUGCAUAUGAAGACAUUGUCAGGGCAACAGAGGAUUUCAACUACAAAUAUUGCAUUGGAGCAGGAGGAUAUGGAAGAGUCUAUAAAGCAGAUCUACCAAUGGGCCAGAUAGUAGCUGUAAAAAAACUUCACCUUUCACAAGGUGGCGAGCAAGCUGAUCAAAGAAACUUUGAAAAAGAGAUACAAGCAUUAACAGAAAUUCAACAUCACAACAUUGUGAAGCUCUAUGGGUUCUGUUCGCAUGCUUGAUGCUCUUUUUUGGUGUAUGAGUACAUGGAAAGGGGAAGCUUGGCUAGCAUCCUCAGUGGCAAUGAAGGAGCUGUAGAAUUGGAUUGGGUGAAGAGGAUGAGAGUUAUCAGAGGAGUAGCUCAUGCUUUAUCAUACAUGCACCAUGAUCGCAUUCCUCCUAUAGUUCAUCGGGACUUAUCGAGCAAAAACAUUUUGUUGGGUUUCGAAUUUGAGGCCCGUGUCUCUGACUUUGGCACCGCUAGACUCUUAAACCCAGAUUCAUCGAAUUGGUCCAUACUCGCAGGCACUUAUGGAUAUGUAGCUCCAGAGCUUGCUUACACAAUGAGAGUGACUGAGAAAUGUGACGUAUAUAGCUUUGGUGUUGUGGCACUUGAAGUGACAAUGGGAAGGCAUCCUAGAGAUCUCACCUUAUGGUUAGCAACGUCUGGUGGCCAAGAUAUACU